AAUGAGUAAGCGGCUCGAUAAAACCGAAGGCAACCCUUGAAAUAGAAUGUUGAAUAUUAUUAUUCUGUUUUAAUUGUCUGCAGUUAAUAAUUUUAAAACUAUACACAUAAAAUGAGCGACGAAUCAGCUGAAAAUAUAAUCUGGACCAUAAAAAAUGGAGAACUAGAUGCCGUUCAAACAGCGUUUAGCAAUGAUACUCAGAAAGUUAAUACAGAGAUCAAAGGAAGAUAUCCAAUACAUUACGCGGCUGAUUUCGGCCAGCUGAAUGUACUCCAGUUCUUGGUUAAGUUGGGAGCUGAUGUAAACAGAAAAGACAAACAUGGAAUAACUCCACUUCUGGCCGCUGUCUGGGAGGGUCACACGAAAUGCGUGGAGUUUCUUUUGGAAAAGGGUGCAGAUAAAAAUGGAGUAACUCCAGACGGCCAGAGUUAUGUUGAAGUGGCAGAAAAUGACGAUAUCAAGAAAUUGCUUGUAUGAAAAUAAUUCUAAAUCAUUUUAUAUCAGUAUAUAUACAUAUAUCACAAUUACAGUUUUUAAAUAAA